CAAACAGAGGAAGGCCGUGGUCGCAUAGUGAUGACGUCACACACCCUGUUUCUUUUAUGUUUAUGGAACAAGGCGCUCAGCAAUGGCAUCAGAAGAUGAGAUUAGUCUUCUGGUCAUUGUGGUGGACGUCAACCCCAUCUGGUGGGGUCAGCAGUCUCAGAGACAGCCUGAGUUCACUCUGUCAAAAUGUCUGGACGCAGUGAUUGUCAUGGCGAACUCUCACCUGGUGAUGACUAGAACCAACAAACUGGCCAUCAUCGCUAGCCACUGUCAGGAGAAUCACUUUCUAUACCCAAGCAAGUACUGGAAAGCAGGAGAUGCUGCCGGGGAUCAUGCAGCCGCGCCUGCAACUGGAGACGGCAAGUACGAGCUGCUGUCUGUCGCUGAUGACGUCAUCGCUGAAGAGAUCAGGAAUCUCAUGGCCAGAACGCAAGUGAGAGGCCACCAGACCGACACGUUACUGGCUGGAUCCCUCGCCAAAGCUCUCUGCUAUAUUCAUCGAGUGUCCAAGGAACUGGAAGCUGGCCAAGACAUGAAAUCAAGGAUAUUGGUGAUAAAAGCAGCUGAGGAUUGUGCUCUGCAGUACAUGAACUUCAUGAAUGUGAUCUUUGCUGCACAGAAACAGAAUGUCCUGAUUGAUGCGUGUGUGCUGGACUCCGAUUCAGGCCUUUUGCAGCAGGCUUGUGAUAUAACUGGGGGUCUAUACCUAAAGAUUCCCCAGAAAACUGCUCUGGCACAGUAUUUGUUGUGGGUUUUCCUGCCUGACGCAGAUCAGCGUUCACAGUUGGUGCUUCCUCCGCCGGUACACGUUGACUACAGAGCGGCCUGCUUCUGUCACCGCAACCUCAUCGAGAUCGGCUACGUCUGCUCAGUGUGCCUGUCAAUAUUCUGCAACUUUAGUCCUAUCUGUACGACAUGCGAGACGGCCUUUAAGAUUCCUCUGCCACAGAUGAUGAAACCGAAGAAAAAGAAACUUAAAGCUGCAAACUGAUCCAGUCGUCUGAGAGACCUCUAAUAUUAAUCUACAAUUGAGUUUUAUUUUGGAUGCGUAUUUUUUUGUGGAACUAGUACACAAAACCAUGAACAGGGCAUUCGAUUUUUGUAAGAAACAUGCAUAAGAAUGAGCUAUUAUAACUGUUAUGGUCAAUAAUUUUGGGGAAGUAUUGCAGGUUUACAUUUUUGUAUUGUAAAUAGAAAAUAAAGAUGAUGCGUUUUGAUUAUACAUUUAUGAGUCUCUUUGCUGUCCAUUAAAGCCAGACUUGUGGGUUUUCAGGAUAUUGUACUAUGCAGUUUUUUUCCCAGAAAUAAACUGGCUAAUAUCUGAUAAACAGGGAAAAACUGUAAACUAGUGUCAAAACUGUUUAUUAAUUUUCUAUAACAGCAGCUCUGACAGUAGUUUCGGCUGUAUUUCAAGUCUCAGGUUUAUAUCAAUGCAGUCAUUGUAAUACGUUUUUGUUUCUAUAGUAACAACUCAUUCACAGGGACUUGGCGGAUGCUCCAUAUAAUCAAAGACUAAUAAUAAUUUUUAAUAGCAAAUCAUGUAUUUGGUGAUAUGAUGUAGUUUUCUAUAAGGAGGUUAAAUGCUGGAAUCUGAUUGGUCAGAAUUUUUUUGUAUAACAGCAUGGCUCGGAAAGUAGUUCUGGCCGUCACAUGAA